AGAGAGAGAGAGAGAGAGAUUUUCUGCAAACGCAAGUCUGAAGAAAAAGAAAGUCUAUCUGAAGCUAAGUUCCUUGAAAAGGAAAAGAAGUCCUCCAACCGUUUCGUUUGUAUGCCACUUCAAGAUUAAACUCAUCAGUUUGUUUUUCAAGAAUUUCGUGUUUGUUCUACUUCUUAGAAACUGAGGCAUGGAAGAUCGAAACUGGAGGAGGAUGUGUGCAAGAGCAUCGGAUGAUACAGUCUUCCAGUGUGUGAUUCCGUACGUUGACGACGCUUGUGACCGGGAACAGGUGUCUUUGGUGUGCAAAAAGUGGCACGAGAUCGAUGCACAAACAAGAAAGCACGUAACAAUCGCGCUGUCUUACACAACGACGCCAAAACGGCUCUCGAGGAGGUUUCAUCGUCUCGAAUCGCUAAAAUUGAAGGGGAAGCCGCGUGCGGCGAUGUUCAAUUUGAUACCGGAGGAUUGGGGAGGGUAUGUGACAUCUUGGGUGGAGGAAAUUGCAAGGUCUUUUAGCCAAUUGAAUGCGCUUCAUUUCCGGAGGAUGAUUGUUACGGACUCGGAUCUUGAAUUACUUGCUCGAUCGCGUGGUACCGCUCUUCAAGUUCUCAAUCUUGAUAUGUGCUCUGGGUUCUCUACAGAUGGGCUUCUGCACAUUUGCCGGUCUUGCAGGUCUGGAUAUUUCAAGGAGGAACUUCAUAUCCGCAAUGUGGUUGUAAAUAGUGAAGCAUGUUUGCUAGAAAUUAACACCAUGGACACAGUUGCAUUUGCAGGCAAUAUAAGGACACUGUUUUUGGAAGAGAGCACAAUUGCUGAGAAGGAUGGCAAAUGGCUGCAUGCACUCGCUUUGAGUAACAAAUCUCUUGAAACUUUAAAUUUUUACCUGACAGAUCUCAGGCAAGUCAAUUUUCAAGACCUUGAACUCAUAGCCAGAAAUUGUAGCUCUUUAGUCUCAGUGAAAAUCAGCGACUGUGAUAUUUUGGAAUUAGUUGGUUUCUUUCGAGCUGCGGCUGCACUAGAAGAGUUUUGUGGGGGUACCUUUAGUGUGCAAGGGGAUGGUGAAGAUGCGUCUAAUAGGCAUUUACGUGCGUACUCUGCUGUACCAUUUCCACCAUUAUUAUGCCGUCUGGCCUUAACAUAUUUGGGGGAGAAUGAGAUGCCCAUCCUAUUUCCUUUUGCAUACCGACUGAGAAAAUUGGAUCUCCAAUAUACUCUUCUUGAUACAGAAGACUAUUGUGUCUUAAUUCAGAGGUGUCCCAACUUGGAAGUUCUUGAGGCACUGAAUGUUAUUGGAGAUAGAGGCUUGGAAUAUCUUGCUCGCUGUUGCAAGAAAUUAAAGAGGCUUAGGAUUGAGCGAGGUGCUGAUGGACAUGAAGUGGAAGAUGAAGAAGGUGUUGUUUCACAGAGAGGUUUAAUUGCUCUUGCACAGGGAUGCCUCGAGUUGAAGCAUUUGGCUGUAUACGUGUCUGAUAUCACAAAUGCAUCUCUUGAAUGCAUCGGCACUAACUUGAAAAAUCUCGCUGAUUUUCGUAUGGUCUUACUAGAUCAACAAGAAAAGAUACCAGAUUUGCCACUUGACAGGGGAGUUCGAUUUCUACUAAUGAAUUGCGAUAAGCUUAGACGUUUUGCUCUGUAUCUUCGGCCGGGGGGCCUGACAGACCUCGGUCUCAGUUAUAUUGGCCAGUACAGCCCGAAUGUGCGAUGGAUGCUUCUUGGUCCUGUUGGGGAAUCCGAUGCAGGGCUGCUGGAGUUCUCCAGAGGCUGUCCUAACCUGCAAAAGCUAGAAAUGAGGGGCUGUCGCUUCAGUGAAAAAGCGCUGGCUGUUGCCACAUUGCGGCUAACUUCUAUGAAGUACUUAUGGGUGCAAGGGUAUAGAAGAUCAGCAAGUGGUCGCGAUCUCUUGGCCAUGGUGCGCCCAUUCUGGAAUAUUGAGUUGAUUCCUACAAUACAAAUUGUUGUUGCUGAUCCAGAUGGGGAAGCUGAAGUUGUUGAUUGUCCAGGCCAUAUACUUGCAUAUUAUUCCCUUGCUGGACCAAGAACAGAUUUCCCAGUUUCUGGUUCGGUUAUGUCUUUUGACCCAACUUCGGUACUUCCUCCAUAGGUCUGCAUAUACAAUAUUUUUCCAUGGGUUCUUGUUUUCCCUAUUAGUUGUCUGUUCAUUGUUUACUGUUUUCUUUUCGAUUUUAUUUUCAGACCUUUUGCAUGGU